GUGACACAACAAGGAAGUUUAAUUGUAACCUUUCAUUAAACCGAAGUGUAGCAUUUCUCUAUAGCGAAUUCUCUUUCAUAAAAUAUUAGGUGUAACAACCUGCCCUGUUUCUACAGGUGCAUUACAUAUUCACGGUGGCGUGAAAAAUAUCAGUGAAUUGGAAAUAAGGAUAGGAGUGUAAUGUUAAUGCAACGGUUUGUCUGGACAAAAUGUUUAUAUCGCUCCUGAUCUCUACUUUAACGUUACUGUUUCCACUUGGACAUGCAUCAGUACCUCUAGUUAUCAAUACGUGGCCAUUCAAGAAUGCAACGGCUACAGCAUGGAAUGCCCUGCAGUCUGGUGGCUCAGUGUUGGACGCAGUGGAGAAGGGCUGUGCCUGCUGUGAAAUGGAGCAAUGUGAUGGCAGUGUAGGCUAUGGCGGGAGCCCAGAUGAGUCUGGAGAGACCACGCUGGAUGCCAUGAUCAUGAACGGGGAUACAAUGGAGGUGGGUGCAGUUGCAGACCUGAGAAGGAUCAAGAAUGCCAUUGGAGUAGCGAGAGCUGUGAUGGAGCACACUGACCACACACUGCUAGUAGGAGAGUCAGCUUCUUUGUUUGCUGAAAACAUGGGCUUCGUCGCAGAAGACCUGACUACCAACAAGUCUGUGAAUAUUUUCUCACAGUGGCUGAAGGGCAACUGCCAACCUAAUUAUCGAAAGAACGUGUUUCCGGAUCCUUCCAAGUCCUGUGGACCCUACAAGCCCAGGGGGACAUUGACACAGAACAAGAGCGCACAGCAUGCUAAUACACGCUCCCAUGACACCAUAGGGAUGAUUUGCGUUGAUCAAGAUGGUCACGUGGCUGCUGGUACAUCAACCAAUGGACUAACUCACAAAGUUCCAGGCCGUGUUGGGGACUCUCCUAUCAUUGGAGCAGGGGCCUAUGCAGAUAGCUCAGCUGGUGGUGCUGCUUCAACUGGAGAUGGAGACAUCAUGAUGCGCUUUCUGCCAAGUUACUUGGCCGUGGAGCUGAUGAGGGCCGGGGCAGAUCCCUCGGCAGCCUGCAAGACGUCCAUUUCCAGAAUCAAGAGGCAUUACUCAGAGUUCUUUGGAGCCAUCAUCUGUGCUAACACAACAGGCCAUUACGGUGCGGCCUGUAACAAAGUCCCUGGCUUCUCUCAGUUCCACUACAUGGUGUCAAACUCCAAGUCAGACACACCACUCCUGAAAUCUGUGGACUGCUUUUAAAUGGUGUACGAUUAUCUGCAGCUCUUUUAUAUGCUUAAUUUAACAGUCUCCAUACUGUAUUUUUAUGCUGAUGAUUUUGGUUUUAAGUCAUAAAUAAAAUGUAAUUUAAAAAAUG